GCCCGCGCACACUCACCCGCAGCUGCUGCUCGAUUCACAUCAGGAGACGAGCCCUGGGCUCCAGACUCAGUGCUAACCAUGCUGCAGCACUCCGACCCGACCUCCAGCACCCUGCAGCUGGUGGCCAACGACAUGACGGACAUCAUGGAGACGCUGGACACCCGCGAGCUGGACCUGGAGGACGGAGAGUACGACACCACGGACACCCAGGUCCCAGCGGAGCAUCUGCCCUUCAAGGUGAUCUACCACACCGUGGGCUUCAAGGAGUCCCAGGCCAAGGUCUUCCUGUCGUCUCCCAUCACGGCCAAGAUCCUGGAGGUGGAGCGCUUCACGUCGGCUCAGGACCGCUUCAACUUGACGGCGCAGAGGAGCGUCAACAAGUCUCUGCCAGCGGUGUUUAAGAUCCAGCUGAAGCACGGGGAGUUCACGUGGCUGGUGAAGAGGAAGGAGAAACACUUCAUGGACCUGCACCGGGAGCUCAGGACCUACAAAACCUUCAUGAGGCUGCCGCUGCCCACACGCAGCCACACGAUAAGGCGCCACCCGGGCGAGAGGAGUGAGGUGAGGCAGAUGCCGACCCUUCCCAGAGGAGGUGGAGACGAGCUGGCCAGAGAGGAGCAGGUGUCCAGUCGCAGGAAACAAUUGGAAGAUUACCUGAACAAGCUGCUCACGAUGUCCAUGUACAGGAACUACCAUGCCACGAUGGAGUUCAUUGAUGUCAGUCAACUGUCCUUCAUCCAUGACCUGGGACCCAAAGGCCUAGAAGGGAUGGUGCAGAAACGAUCGGGGGGGCAUCGAAUCCCCGGGUUGAACUGCUGUGGGCGCAGCAACAUCUGCUACCACUGGUCCAAACGCUGGCUGGUGGUGAAGGACUCCUUCCUGGUCUACAUGAAGCCGGACUCAGGGGCCAUCUCCUUCGUGAUGCUGGUGGACAAAGAGUUCGGCAUCAAGAUGGACUCCAAGGACACGGAGACCAAACAUGGUGUCCGUGUGGACAGCCUGUCCAGGUCUCUGGUGCUGAAGUGCAGCAGCUACCGACACGCCCGCUGGUGGGGUCAGUCGCUGGAGGGCUUCAUCAAGAAGCACGGAUCCGCCUUCCUCACCGACCACCGCUUCGGCUCCUUCGCCCGGCAGGAGGAGAACGUCCUCGCCAAAUGGUACGUGAAUGGGAAAACGUACAUGGAGGACGUAGCAGAUGCUCUCGAAGAAGCCAGAGAGGAAAUAUUCAUCACAGAUUGGUGGCUGAGUCCAGAGAUCUUCCUGAAGAGACCCGUCGUGGAAGGAAACCGCUGGCGUCUGGACUUCAUCUUGAAACGCAAAGCGCAACAAGGAGUGAAGGUGUUUGUGAUGCUCUACAAGGAGGUGGAGUUAGCCCUGGGCAUCAACUCAGGCUACAGCAAGAGGACGCUGAGGCACCUCCACCCCAACAUCAAGGUGAUGCGUCACCCGGACCACGUCUCCUCCGCCGUCUACCUGUGGGCGCAUCACGAGAAGAUCAUCAUCAUCGACCAAUCAGUGGCCUUCGUGAGCGGGAUCGACCUGGCGUACGGACGGUGGGACGACCGGGAGCACCGGCUGACCGACGUGGGGAGCGUGACGCUCUCUCACCUGGAGCAGGCGAGCUCCGCCCCCUCCACUAACGCUGCCCCCCCCAACGCCGGCGGCUCCGCCUCCCAGAGCAACGGGAAAACCAUCUUCACCGUGACGGACUCUGUGGACCAGCCCAAGCUGAAGAGCCAGGGGAGGAUGAAGAGGACCAAGUUCAGCAUCAGGAGACACCUGCAGAAACACGGCCUGGCUCAGCCCGACAGCGACAGUGACCUGGAGGCCGAAGAGAUCAGCGCCCCGGUGCAGCCCGGCGUCGGGGAUCUGUUUGGAAACACACGCUUCUGGCACGGGAAGGAUUACUGCAACUUCGUGUACCGGGACUGGAUCCAGCUGGAGAAGCCCUUCGAUGAUUUCAUCGACAGACACACAACUCCCAGGAUGCCCUGGCACGACAUCGCGUCGGUGGUUCACGGCAGCGCGGCGCGGGACGUGGCCCGACACUUCAUCCAGAGGUGGAACUUCACAAAGCUGGUGAAGCCGAAGUACCGCUCCCUGUCGUUCCCCUACCUUCUGCCCAAGUCUCACACCACAGCCGGUGAGCAGCGCUACCAGGUCCCGGACUGCGUCCCCACCAGAGUCCAGAUCCUUCGCUCGGCCUCGGACUGGUCCGCCGGCAUCAAGUACCACGAGGAGUCGAUCCACAACGCCUACGUGCACGCCAUCAAGAACAGCCAGCACUUCGUCUACAUCGAGAACCAGUUCUUCAUCAGCUGCGCAGACAACCGGCACGUUUUCAACAAGAUAGGCGACACUAUAGCCGAGAGAAUCAUCAGAGCGUACAGGGAGGGGACAAGAUACCGAGUGUACGUGGUGACGCCUCUGCUGCCGGGCUUCGAAGGAGACAUCAACACAGGGGGGGGCAGCGCCAUCCAGGCUGUCAUGCACUUCAACUACAGGACCAUGAACCGAGGAGAACACUCCAUCAUCUCCCAGCUCCGGAAAGAGAUGGGAGACCAGUGGAUGAACUACAUCUCCAUCGCUGGUCUGAGGACUCACGCCGAGCUGGAGGGGAAACUGGUCACAGAGCUCAUCUACGUGCACAGCAAGAUGCUGAUCGCUGACGACAACACGGUGAUCAUCGGCUCGGCCAACAUCAACGACCGCAGCAUGCUGGGGAAGAGGGACAGCGAGGUGGCGGUGAUCGUGGAGGACUCGCAGACGGUUGACUCGGUGAUGGACGGACAGCCGUACCAGGCGGGACGCUACGGUCUGCAGCUGCGUCUCGAGUGCUUCAGGAUGAUCCUCGGUGCCUUCACAGACGCCUCCAUCGAUGUCUCCGAUCCCGUCAGUGAUCACUUCUACAAGGAGGUCUGGAUGUCCACCUGCGCUCGUAACGCCACCAUCUACCAGAAGGUGUUCCGCUGCCUGCCGUCCAGUGACGUGCGGAGCAUCCUGGAGCUGGAGGGCUACCUGGCGAAGGAGGGCCUGGAGAAGGAGGACCCGGCCCGGGCCCGCGAGGAGCUGAAGAAGAUCCGCGGCUUCCUGGUCCAGUUUCCUCUUCAGUUCCUGGGUGAAGAAAACCUGCUUCCUCCAAUCGGCUCCAAGGAGGCCAUGGUGCCGAUGGAGGUCUGGACCUGAGACUCCCCUGUGUGUGUUCACGUGGUAGACACACACAACCUGCCGCCAUUUUGGAGAUUCUGAAAGCUGCUGAGAGAAGCGUUGAUUUAUAAACGUGUAUCUGGUCCAGUGGCUCGUGGUCUUGUUUAAACCCUGAAUCCAGACUCGCAGGAGCUUGAACCCUUUUGGUGAAAUGAGAAGUGAGCAGGAAGGAGAGAGGCCUUGUUUUCUUUUAUCAGCUUAUAGAGAUUAUUUUUCACACUCGGGUUGUUUCGAUUUAGAAAAUGCAUCAUGUCAUGUUUACUCUCCAGGGCCCAGAAACUGCACUGGUGACCAUUCAGCCCAGUGAUUAGGAACAGGUGUCUCAGCCUGGUUUGCAGACAUUUACACUACGACUUCCAAAAUGGCGUCCGCUGUGUUUGCUGGCGAUUUGUGAUGCACACAAAAAACAUCACACUGCAUCACACACACUCACACGUGCACACGAGACCCCGUGAGACUGAGAGUUGAACUCUGCGAUCCCUGAAAACCUGAAGUUUACAAGAGGAGAAUGAAGACGAGGAAGUGAAGGACUGAUCCGACUGAUUCCUCUUAGAUUCCCCCCCCCCCCCCGCACUGUGACAACACUAUGCAACGCCCGGGGGUCUGUGAACGCAGCUCGGACUCCUCUGCGUUUGAAGAGACACUAACAAGAGACUUUGAUGAAGACGGCGGCGCAGAGACGAGGAUGAAGAGCUUUUUAAUGUCCAUGUCCAACAGAAAGUCACGAGUGCCAAAGAAGACGGACUGUAGCCGGAUGCUUUCACUUCCUGUUUUCAUACGUCUGCUCUCCUGGUUCCUUCGUGCUGCUUUGCUUUAUGGAUCUGUGUCCUGGGAAGUGAUGAAUUCUAUCAUUCAGUUAAUUUAUUAGGAAUGUUGCUAGAAGGUCAAUAACAUAAACUCCAGUUAUGAAUUUUAAACUUUAAACCGUCAUCUCUGGAUUUCAGCUUUUCUUGAAUUCCCCUGUGUCUUCCUGUUGGUCUGUGAAUCACCUGCAUGAAGCUGUUCAGUGCUUUGAAUCCGAGGAGACCUGGAGCUGAGAGCAUGAGAGCAGCUCGGGGCCGUUCAACCCGACGGGUCGAAGCAUGACGCCCUGCAGACUGAACGCCCUGUUCAGAGCCAUGGACUGUGAUGUUGCUAAAAGACGUGCCUGUCUCCAAACGGACGCUUGUCCUCUGUCCAAACCGCUGGACAUCGUGCUCCUCUUCCUCUUCCUCCUCUCUACCUCCUUGAGUUUCCACCUCCAGAGCGCAAAGAUGAACAAUCGUGAAUAUUUGCAGCCGCACCUUAAGAGAACCAAGUGAAGUCGCCUGAACUGAGAAGGAAAAGUUUACUGUCGUGUGCAAUAACCAGCUGUUUCCACCCGGACCAGAAUCUGUAGGACAAACAGAAAGAUGACUUUAAAGUGUAUUUGUACUUGGAUCCAUAAGAAGCUUAAAUGAGCCCCCCCCCCCCCCCCCAGCUCCCCUCUGCUUAUCCCUGUGUCUCUAUGGAAACUGCACUAUUUGCACAGACUGUUGUUGACCCCGGCGACUCCUUAAUGAUGAUAUGCAGCACCGCGUCAUGUGGUCUUUGUUUUCAUUUGUUUAAAUGAUGGAAUAAAUAAAUUAGUCACUAAAACUGUUUUUUUUUCAUGAGGCCUUCGCUCAGAAUUUCUUCUUCCAACUUUGUCUCUAACUUCAGGUUUAAAACUUCUGAGUCUGGUGUUGGUUUUUAUUUGAAGUUCGUCAUCAGGUCCAUGAAAUGAAGGAUCCAGUCUGCAGAGCUCAGAGACGUCUUCUUCUACUGAUUCAUCAUUUACAUAAAAUUCAGUUUCUUUUGUGCUUAUAAGCAGAUUUUGAAGAUUUCUUAAUGAAGCUGAACUGUUCAAAUCAAAUUUGGGUAUAAAACCAACAAAAAACAAAACGUGAGCAUUGUCUUUGCUCUUUCUCUUCUGUCUGGUUCUGUGGAUACUGUGUAAUGUGGAUGCUCAAUAAAAUAUAUUUAAAAAAUAUAUAUAAUUUGCAGGAAAUAAAUGUUAAGAUGUGAACUGAACUAAUGCAUGAAUAUAGAUCAGAGACUUUUUGGUAAAAUAAAUUAUUAUUUAUUUUCGCCAACAUUUGUUUCUUAUAUGUUUAUUUUUGCCCCUAAAAAGUU